AUCUCACAUCCGAAGUCGCAGAAAGAGUUAUGGGUCGAUGCAUCAGUGCUGAAAAUAACACUGUCAUCACAGCCUGAGAAGCCGUAGUCUGAGAUCUAUAAAAGUGAAAUUUAUCAGCCUGUGGUGAAGAAUGGGGCUCAAAAAACAGGAGAGGCACAGUUCCCUCAGGACCAAGGCUAGAAACCACUGGCACACAAUACAGUUAUUUAUAGAUAUGGAAUUCUAUACACUUCAUCCGCUACUGAAGUAAAGCAGCCACUAGGAUGAUGUCCCAGCAGCCCCUCUGUGCAGUAGAUCAGGCCUUGCUGGAAGAUGAAUAUCCUCAAAGACAAUAAAGACUUAGCCUGUUUCUACACAACAAAGCACUCCUGGAGGGGAAAGUACAAACGAGUUUUUUCUGUGGGUACACAUGGAAUAACUACUUAUAACCCAACAACAUUAGAAGUAACCAAUCAGUGGCCUUAUGGCGAUAUCUGUGGAAUUGGUCCUUUUGGAAAGGGUCAGGGAACUGAGUUUAACCUCACCUUCCGAAAAGGGAGUGGAAAAAAAUCAGAAACCUUAAAGUUCUCCACGGAGCAUAGAACAGAACUGCUUACAGAGGCGCUGAGGUUCAGGACUGAGUUUUCUGAGGGCAAAAUAACUGGGAGGAGAUACAACUGUUACAAGCAUCACUGGAGUGAUGCACGGAAACCUGUGGUCCUAGAGGUUACGCCAGGAGGAGUAGACCAGAUAGACCCCUCUACCAACAGAAUUCUUUGCUCCUAUGACUACAGAAACAUUGAAGGAUUUGCUGAGGUCACCGACUACCAGGGAGGAUUCUGUAUUUUGUAUGGAGGUUUCAGUCGACUGCACCUGUUUGCUUCAGAGCACAAAGAUGACAUUAUCAAAAGUGCCAUUGAGCAUGCUGGGAACUACAUAGGCAUCACAUUGCGUGUCCGGAAGGACCCGAUAGAUUUUGAGCAGUAUGUGAACCACCGGCUGGGCAAAUACAGCACAGAUGAUUCAAUAACUUCUCUUGCGGAAUUUGUAGUGCAGAAAAUUUCAUCCAGACAUCCGGAACCUGUAAAACGAAUAUUAGCGCUAACGGAAGCAUGUUUAGUUGAGCGAGAUCCGGCAUCAUAUAAUAUCGUAACAUUAAAGCCAUUUGGAGAGAUAUUUGCACUUGUAUGUGAUUCAGAAAAUCCUCAGCUUUUUACUGUGGAAUUCAUUAGGGGACAGAUCAGAAAAUACUCUUCAACAGAAAGAGAUUCCCUGAUGGCCAGUCUGCUGGACGGAGUGCGUGCUUCAGGGAACAGGGAUGUAUGUGUGAAAAUGGCCCCCACUCAGAAGGGACAGAGGUGGGGUUUGCUCAGCAUGCCAGUGGAUGAAGAGGUGGAAAGUCUGCAUCUUAAAUUCCUUGCAGCACCUCCAAAUGGAAACUUUGCUGAUGCUGUGUUCAGAUUCAACGCCAAUGUUUCUUACAGUGGUGUGCUGCAUGCUGUUACACAAGACGGCCUGUUUUCAGAGAACAAGGAGAAGCUGAUUAACAACGCCAUCAUAGCCCUUCUGUCACAGGAGGGGGACCUGACGGUUAACAAUGCAGAAGUGGAGAGCCAGUUUCAUGCUGUACGAAGACUAGUGGCUUCCAAGGCAGGAUUUCAGGCCUUUACACAGCUUCCAAAGUUUCGCGAGAGGCUGGGAGUGAAGACUGUGAAGGCAUUGAAAAGGAACAAUGAUGGAGUCACACAUGCUGCAAUAGACAUGCUUUGUGCACUAAUGUGUCCCAUGCAUGAUGAUUAUGACUUGAGACAAGAACAGUUGAACAAAGCAUCUCUUUUGUCUUCAAAAAAGUUUUUAGAAAACCUGCUGGAAAAGUUUAUCAGCCACGUGGAACACGGAACAGGAGCCCUUGUCAUAAGCUCCCUUCUGGAUUUCCUCACCUUUGCGCUGUGCGCCCCCUACAGCGAGACAACAGAAGGACAGCAGUUUGACAUGCUACUGGAAAUGGUGGCGUCCAACGGAAGAACCCUUUUCAAGCUUUUCCAGCAUCCUUCAAUGGCCAUUGUAAAAGGAGCAGGGCUGGUUAUGAAAGCCAUCAUUGAGGAAGGAGAUAAAGAAAUUGCCACCAAAAUGCAGGACCUUGCCCUCAGUGAAGGUGCCUUACCACGCCAUCUCCACACAUCUAUGUUUACAGUAAGCUCAGAUCAAAGGAUGCUGACCAACAGGCAACUAAGCAGACAUUUGGUGGGACUUUGGACUGCAGAAAACCCAACAGCUAUGAAUCUACUCAAGCGAAUGCUGCCAACAGGUUUGCUGGCGUACCUGGACAGUGCAGACCCCGUUCCUGAGAAGGACAUAGACAGAAUGCACAUCAGAGACAAUGUUAAAAUAGCCACGGAUCAGUAUGGCAGGUCCAGUAAAGUACCGGAGUGGCAGCGACUAGCUGGUAAAGCUGCCAAGGAGGUGGAGAAAUUUGCCAAAGAGAAGGUGGAUUUGGUUCUCAUGCACUGGAGGGACAGGAUGGGAAUUGCACAGAAGGAGAACCCAAACCAAAAACCCGUCAUUUUACGAAAAAGGAGGCAAAGAAUUAAAAUUGAGGUCAACUGGGAACUCUUCUAUUACAGGUUCCAGCAGGACCAUGCCAGAUCCAACCUGAUCUGGAACUUCAGGACGCGGGAGGAGCUCCGUGAUGCCCUGGAAAGUGAGAUGCGGGCCUUCAACAUUGACCGCGAGCUGGGCAGCGCCACGGUCAUCUCCUGGAACCAUCAGGAGUUUGAGGUGAAAUAUGAGUGCCUUUCAGAUGAAAUAAAAAUUGGAGACUAUUACCUGCGGCUGCUUUUAGAGGAGGAUGAGAAUGAAGAAACAGGAGCCAUUAAGAGAUCCUAUGAGUUCUUCAAUGAACUAUAUCACCGGUUCCUACUGACUCCUAAAGUUAACAUGAAGUGCUUAUGUUUACAAGCUUUGACCAUUGUUUAUGGAAAGUGCUAUGAAGAAAUCGGACCAUUCACUGACACAAAGUACAUAGUUGGAAUGCUAGACCGGUGCACUGACAGACUGGAGAGGGACAGGCUUAUUCUUUUCCUUAACAAACUCAUUCUCAACAAGAAAAAUGUGAAGGAAGUCAUGGAUUCAAAUGGUGUUCGAAUCCUUGUGGAUUUACUUACACUGGCUCAUCUCCACACCAGUCGGGCCACAGUCCCCCUGCAGAGCAAUGUAAUUGAAGCUUCACCAGAUAUGAAGAGAGAAAGUGAAAAGGAGUGGUACUUUGGCAAUGCAGACAAAGAACGACGUGGCCCAUUCAGUUUUGAGGAGAUGCAGGAAUUCUGGACUUCUGGUGUGUUGACCCCAAAGACCAGAUGCUGGGCACAGGGCAUGGAUGGCUGGCGCCCUCUGCAGGCCAUUCCCCAGCUUAAAUGGUGUUUGCUUGCCAGUGGGCAAGCAGUAUUAAAUGAGACAGACCUGGCCACACUCAUUCUCAAUAUGCUUAUCACUAUGUGCUCCUAUUUUCCCAGCAGGGAUCAGGAUAAUGCUAUUAUCAGACCACUCCCUCGAAUCAAAAGGCUCCUAACUGAUAGCACUUGUCUUCCUCACAUUGUUCAGCUUUUGAUCACCUUUGAUCCUAUACUGGUGGAAAAAGUCGCCAAUGUCUUGUAUCUCAUCAUGCAAGACAACCCCCAACUGCCUCGGCUGUACCUCACUGGUGUCUUUUUCUUCAUCAUGAUGUACACAGGCUCCAAUGUGCUUCCUGUUGCUAGAUUCCUGAAGUAUACUCACCUGAAACAGGCUUUCAAGUCUGAAGAGUCGAAGGGUCAGGACAUCGUGCAGAGAAGUGUCCUCGGUCACAUUCUCCCUGAGGCCAUGGUCUGUUACUUGGAAAACUAUGAGCCUGAAAAAUUUUCAGAGAUUUUCCUUGGAGAAUUUGAUACUCCAGAAGCAAUUUGGAGCAGUGAAAUGAGGCGUCUAAUGAUUGAGAAGAUUGCUGCCCAUCUUGCUGACUUCUCUCCAAGGCUACAGAGCAACACUAGAGCACUAUACCAGUAUUGCCCUAUUCCUAUCAUUAACUACCCUCAGCUGGAGAACGAGCUCUUCUGCAACAUCUAUUACCUCAAACACCUCUGUGACACUAUAAGAUUCCCUGACUGGCCUAUCAAAGACCCUGUGAAACUUCUGAAAGACACCCUUGAAGCCUGGAAGAGGGAGGUGGAGAAGAAGCCACCAUCCAUGUCCGUAGAUGAUGCCUACGAUGUACUAAACCUCCCCAAGGGACAGGGACAGCAUGAUGAGAGCAAAAUAAGGAAAGCCUACUUCAGACUAGCUCAGAAGUAUCAUCCAGACAAGAAUCCAGAAGGCAGAGAUAUGUUUGAGAAAGUAAAUAAAGCCUACGAGUUCUUGUGCACAAAGUCUGCUAAAAUAGUGGAUGGGCCGGAUCCAGAGAACAUCAUCCUCAUCCUCAAAGCCCAGAGCAUCCUCUUCAACAGGCACCGAGAAGAACUGGAACCCUAUAAAUAUGCUGGCUACCCCAUGCUCAUUAAGACCAUCACCAUGGAGACCUCAGACGACCAGCUGUUCUCCAAGACGUCCGCACUGCUGCCUGCUGCCGCGGAGCUCGCCUUCCACACGGUCAACUGCUCGGCUCUCAACGCCGAGGAGCUGCGGCGAGAGAACGGCAUCGAGGUCUUACUGGAGGCUCUGUCUCGAUGUGUAGCAGUACUCACUGCUUCAAGCAAACCAGAAGAUAUGGCAGUUCAGGUUUGUGGGCACAUAUGCAAGUGUUACAGUGUGGCAGCUCAGUUUGAGGAGUGUAGAGAGAAGAUCAUUGAGCUUCCCAACAUCAUCAGGGACCUCUGCAGAGUUCUGUAUUAUGGCAAGAACAUCCCCCGAGUGGCUUCCCUGGCUGUGGACUGUGUGAGCUCCUUCGCGGUGGACUUCUUCCUGCAAACGCACAUGUAUCAUGCUGGCGUUCUCUGGCACCUCCUGGGCUACCUCUUCAACUACGACUACACUCUCGAGGAGAGCGGUAUCCAGAAGAAUGAGGACACCAACCAGCAGGUCCUCAAGCUUCUUAAUAGCAAUUCAGAGAACCCUUACCUCAUCUGGAAUAACGGCACCAGGGCAGAGCUGUUGGAGUUUCUUGAAUGUCAACAGGAGGGCAUUAUCAAAAGGAGUGAGUGUGAUAAGAGCUUUGGCUCUGAGUUUGUGUUCAGUGAACAUGGGAAGGAACUGAUUGUGGGGGAGAUUUUUGUGCGCGUCUACAAUUUACAACCUACAUUUCCUUUGGAGUUUCCUAAGGCCUUUGCUGCUAGUCUUCUGGACUACAUUGGGUCCCAAGCACAGUAUCUCCACACCUUGAUGGCCAUCACCCAGACUGGCAAGGUAGAGUCGGAGCAGCACGAGGAAAGGUUACGCUGGGCUGAAAUGGCUCUUGAAGCGCUGCGAAAUGUCAUUAAGAACAAUCCUGGGUCAGAGACGGAAUGCAUAGGCCAUUUUAAGCUGAUAUUUUCUCUGCUGAGGGUGCACGGGGCUGGCAAAGUUCAGCAGCUGGCGCUGGAGGUGGUAAACAUUGUGACAGCCAACCAGGAGUGUGUCAGUAAUAUUGCCGAGUCUUUGGUGCUCUCUAACCUUUUAGUUCUGCUGCAUUCCCUGCCCUCAAGCAGACAGCUAGUCCUGGAAACUCUCUAUGCCUUGGUGUCAAACACAAAGAUAAUUAAAGAGGCUAUGGCAAAGGGUGCUUUGAUCUACCUGCUGGACCUGUUCUGCAAUUCCACGCAUCCACAGGUUCGCUCCCAGACUGCCGAUCUGUUUGCAAAAAUGACCUCAGACAAGCUCGUCGGGCCCAAGGUUCGGCUCACGCUGCUGAAGUUCCUGCCUGGGGUCUUCAUGGAUGCAAUGAGAGACAACUCCGAGGCUGCUGUGCACAUCUUUGAAGGGACUCACGAGAACCCUGAGCUCAUCUGGAACGACAACUCCAGAGAGAAAGUGUCCACAACUGUCAGAGAAAUGAUGCUCGCGCACUUUAAGCAACAAAGGGAUAAUCCUGAUGUAAACUGGAGGUUGCCUGAAGACUUCACGGUGGCCUAUGGGGCAGCUCAGGGCGAGCUGGCGGUUGGAGGCGUCUUCCUGAGAAUCUUCAUCGCUCAGCCAGGCUGGGUUCUGCGGAAGCCCAGAGAGUUCCUGGUGGCGCUACUGGAGACCCUGACAGAGCUGCUGGAGAAAAACAACCCCAACGGCGAAUCCUUGGAGACUGUUACUACAGCCACUGUGUGUCUCUUCAGCUCUCAGGCACAGCUGGCAGACCAGGUGCCACCCCUGGGCCACCUGCCCAAGAUUCUGCAGGGCCUCACUCACAAGAACAGUGCCAUUCCAAAGAGUUCCAUCCGGGUCAUUCACGUGCUCUCAGACAAUGAGCUGUGUGUCCGAGCAAUGGCAUCGCUGGAGACCAUCGGGCCUUUAAUGAGUGGAAUGAAGAUCAGGUCAGACAUGGCUGGCGUGGCGUGUGAGGCACUCAACCGCAUGUUCCAAAAAGAGCAAACUGACCUUGUAGCUCAGGCACUGAAGGUGGAUUUGGUCCCCUACCUCUUGAGGCUGCUGGAAGGGGUUGGUCUGGAAACGCUGGAAAACCCUGCAGCCACCAAGGCGCAGAUUGUAAAAGCACUGAAAUCGAUGACGCGCAGUCUUCAGUACGGCGAUCAGGUUAAUGAAAUUCUCUCUCGUUCUAAUGUCUGGAGUGCCUUCAAAGAUCAGAAACAUGACUUAUUCAUCUCAGAGUCACAGACUGCAGGGUACCUCACAGGUCCCGGAGUUGCUGGCUAUCUUACCGCUGGGACAGGAUCCACAGUCCUAUCUAGUGUGCCCCCCCCUGUUGACAAUGACGUUGGAGACUUGGGCUGAAAGGCUUCAGUCUUUCGAGCUUGACAGCGACCUGUGGAACAUGAAGUGGAGACUUCCCCAGUCCAUAGGAUUCUGUUCAAAGCGUUGUUGCCUUUUUUUGUUUUUUUUUUGGUCACAGUGACACAAGCAUAAUUUACUUUUCUACGAAUAUAUUUUUUAUUUGGGAGAAAGGAGAGAAAACAAAAAGAUCAAGGAAGUCAUUCCUGUCCUCUCGACCUUGUCAGUUUUGAUACACAGCCCCCCUGCCCCUUGAAGAAAACGCCAAGCAAGAUGUGUCAAGCAGAGGCAAGCAUUUGUCUUGCCCUACUUAACGUGUUAUCGGUUUACAAGACUGUGAAUCUGAUUUAUAAAUUGUUUUCCUAAUUUUUAUAAUGUUGUUUUACAGUGCUAAAGAUAAAAAGAAAACUCGACUGUGGUGUUUUAUUACAGUCUACUUGUACUGCUCUAGAAACAAAAAACCUGUCCACCACCUCCACCAUCAGUUGUGGAUCUCGCUGUGUGCAGCACUGUCUCUGAAAUCUAGUUGUAAUAUUGACUGUUCAUUUGAUCAAGUCCUGCACUUCUCUGCUUCUGCUGUACCUCUUCCCAAACCUUCUUUCAUAUUUUUUUCCCCCCGGAGUACAAAAAGCACUAGAUAUUUCUACUCACAGUAUAACUGCCUUUACAAACUUAUAUGAGCUUCUGCAAAAAAGAGGAGGAACAAUAAUAUUGACUCGGAUUUAAAAUAUUAUGUAAAAGACUAGUGCGUUUGUGAAAUGUUCUAUAUAAUAUGCCGUAUAUAAACUUUCUAUAUUGAAUGUACAUUAAGAAGAAAAAAAAUCAGCCACUCCUGUACAUAAAAUUUUAAGAAUAAACAAAGGGAAUACACA